AUGUUACCAAACGCCCAUUACCACAAACAUUGGCAACGUCGAAUCAAAACUUGGUUUAAUCAACCGGCAAGAAAGCAACGUCGUCGUUUGGCAAGAAUUGCAAAAGCUGCCCGUGUUGCUCCUCGCCCAGUUGGGGGUCUUCUUCGUCCAAUCGUUCAUUGCCCAACUAUUCGUUAUAAUAGCAAGCUUCGAUUGGGACGUGGAUUUACUUUGGAGGAAUUGAAGGCUGCUGGGUUUAGUAAAUAUGAGGCAAAGUCUUUGGGAAUUGCUGUUGAUUAUAGACGUACAAAUCGUUCUGUCGAGUCUAUCGAGAGAAACGCCAAGCGUUUGAAAGAAUAUCGUUCUCGUUUGAUUAUCUUCCCGAAGAAGUUGAGCAAUCCAGAGAAGGGAGAUAGCAGUCCUGAAGAACUCAAAAUGGCAAGCCAAGUUACUGGAAAAGUUGUUAUGCCACAUAAAGAACAGAAGCGUCGUUUGAAAGCACAGCCAAUAACUGAAGAAAUGAAAAACUUCAAAGUUUAUUGCCAUUUGCGUCGUGUACGUGCUGAUGCUCGAAUGAAGGGAAAGCGUGACAAGAAGGCAAAAGAAGCUGCCGAUGAAGGACUUGGAAAGGGUGGACGUUAA